AUGGAUUAUAUUGGGGCAUUCCCAGAAAAUUAUUCAUUUGAAGGAGAUAGUCAAUCCUUUGAUCAGAGCAAUUUUAACGAUAUUCCUGAUGAAGAAUUUCUCCAUUUUCUAAAAGAAGUCAACAAGUCGCACGAGGAAAAUCUUCAGACCCCAACAAUAAAAUGGACUUUGGAUAAGGUUGACUUGAACAUGAAAACGAUGCUUCCUGAUACACAUCCUGAUGAUUUAUUUGGAGAGGAUUCCACUUCAGGGUUGGAGACUAACAAAUUUUCUGAAAAUUCUUUGAAUCCAAGUAUCCCAAAAGUGAUGAAGAAGACUUGUAAGAAGACCGAAGGCUCUUCGAGGCCAGAUAUUGAAAACAGAAAGGCAUUGAGGAUUGUGAAGAAGUUCUUUCAUCAACUGUUUCUUUAUCAUAACGACAAGCUUAAAAAUAAGAGAUUUACUAAAGUCAGUUCAUCAGAGAUUCUUGAAGCCCUUGAACAAUUGGUAUCUGUAUACAUCCCUCAAACUCCUUCAAAAGAGAUGGCAGAGUGUUUGUUUCAUUUCCUGAAUUUUCACUCUUCAGAUGCAUUCCAGCUAAAGUCAGAAGCGGCAAAAGCCGGAAUGCAACUUUAUGAAUGCACUCAUAAAUAUACAAGAUAUCUUUUCAACCGCUUACCCCAAUCAGUCUACGUCAAACACCUAAUAUCAUCAUACACAACUCUCAAAUGCACUCCUCUCCCUUCCAUCCUCUCCCUCCACCACUCCCAAACCUGGCCCCACCAAUACCACAAAAACCCCAAAAACCUGCACAAAAUCCUCACUCACCUUCUCUACCAAAAAAUCCCUCCCCCAAUCCAAGCCAGCCUGACCAGACUCCACGAUCUCUGCCUGUCCCCUCCAAGCUUAAAAUAAUU